GUUGUCAUUUCUGAGGUUCUGGGCGAACACGGCGGUAACCCCGAAACGGUUGAGGGAGCUUUCCUACGUGAGUGGGUGGACUCUACUGGUUCGUUUCUGCCCUCCACGCUGGCGGAUGUGAAUGGCAAUUCCGAUGCCCAUGCCACUGAGCCCACCUGGUUUUCUCCGAGUGGCAAUGGAUACCGCAUUGACUUUGUGGGUUUGCCUGCGGCGUGGCUGCAGUGUCCCUUUGUGGCCCAGGCUUUGCCCGACUUCGAGUUGUUGAAUCGGGACCACAUUCCGGCGCAGGUUGAGGUGCGGCUCAGGUAUCGCGGGCGUCCCCCACCGCGCAAGGACUGCUCCAUUUUCCCCAGGGAUCCAGAUCAGUGGCCCGCUGACCACGUGUCGCGGCUCAUUGCGGAGCUGCG